AAACAUUGUACUAUUAAGCUGCGGAGCCAGAAAAUUUGUUGUUGAUGGGCCAAAAAAUCUGAGUCUCUUCUAAAUUCUUUAAUACAUUGGUAAUAAGUUAAAUGCAAUCGACAAUUUAUUAAAGGGUAAAAGCUUAAGGCACAGCGUCAGGACUUGAUGAAUCCGCCCCUGGUCGGCUAAGUUAUGGACUUUUCUGGAAGGGUCAGGGAAAAUCUUAAGUAUCUAGUUGUAGUUCAUGGCGUUUAUUUUGCUUGUCGCAUUUUCAUCUUCAUUAAUUCAGAUUUAGAAAUCAACUGUGAAAAAAGUUGGGUUGCCAAGUUUUAAGUAUGUGUAGUAUAUCUGACAUUCCAGUUGUCGGAAAAACUCUGGAUAAAAUAUCAGAUGUCAUUGUUGAAGCAGGGACGCGUGGAUUGCGAUAUUGUUUCUGUUACAAGAGACUUGUAAAGGAUCUUAAUUCUGAAGCUAAGAAAGUUGUAAUACAGGAGGAUAGAAUCGCGAGAAAAGUUGAUGCUGAGAGAAGUGAUGGAAAAGUAAUACUGGAUCAUGUACUCAAGUGGCAACAUGAGGCGGUAGAGAUCAGAACUCAGAUAGAAGUUUUUUCUGAAAGAUACCAACAGAAGCGGUCGUGGAUGUGCUUAAAAGAUGUGCGUUUUUGUCAUCCAGUCGCUCGUUUUCGUUAUGGCAAAGAAGCGGCUCAGAAGAUUAAGAAAGUGACUAAACUAGUUGAUUCAGGAAAAGAGCUUAUUGAUAAUGAAAUUGCAUAUCACCCCCCUUGUGAUAAUGUUCCUGUGUCAGAUGGUACUAUAUACUGGAAAUUUGAAUCAAGAAAAGAUGCUUAUGUGAAGAUCUGGGAGGCACUAGUGGAAGAUGAUGGAUUUUCAAGAAUUGGAAUCUAUGGAAUGCCGGGUGUUGGCAAGACUCGUAUGAUGGAACAAGCAUGGGAAGAAGUCAAGGAGAAGGGGAUCUUCAACAAGGUUAUUCGAGUGAAUGUUGGCAAUGAUCAAGUAGAUGUGAUGAAAAUUCAGGAGCGGCUUGCAGGUUACUUAGGCUGUAAUCUAGAUCUGAAAAUUAAUGAGGAUCAGCGAGCUAGUCAACUGAUGAAAAGCCUAAAGAAUGGAGGUAAGGUCUUGGUUAUUUUUGAUGAUGUUUGGAGUGUGAUACCUUUUCAUAAAAUUGGAAUUCCCCUUGGUGAUGGUAGUUCUGAUGGAUGUAAGAUCCUCUUGACAUCUCGGUUGCAAGAUGUAUGCCUACGCAACAGCUGCCAACGUCUUGUAGAGAUAAAAACCUUAACAGAUGAUGAAGCAUGGGAUAUGUUCAAGAACUGCGUUGGCACUUCUAGAAUUGACCUCCUGCAGGACGAAUCGUUGGCACCAAAAGUGUGUCGAGAGUGUGCUGGUUUGCCACUCCUCAUUGUUGCAGUCGCGAAAGCACUCAAAUUCAUGUCUGAGUAUUCAUGGAGAGAUGCACUCGAUCAACUUCAGAAUUGCAUUAUUGAAGAUGUUCCUGGAAUUGACCGUGAAGUAUAUGUGUGCAUCAAACUGAGUUUCGACAAAUUACCUAAGGAUGCAAAGUCGUGCCUUUUGCUAUGUUCAUUGUUCCCGGAAGAUGCUGAGAUUGAAAUAAAUGUGCUUUUUGAUUUUGCAAUAGGGUCUCAACUACUAAACAGCGAAAGAAACAGGGUCUAUGCAAUGGUUGAAAUCCUCAAAUCGGCUUCAUUGUUGCUUGCUUGUAAUGAUGACGGUAAGGUAAAAUUGCAUGACAGCAUCAGAGAUGUAGCAAGAUCUGUAGCUGCCAAAGACCCUUUAUAUGCUUUCUUAUUUUUAAGAUGCAGCUCAAGAUUUCCGAGUACUUUUGAUGAUCAUGCUUGCAGAUUGUUGCAUUUAUGUAUAGAGAAUGACGCGGUUCGUUUUCAGGAUGAUCUGGUGUUCCCGGAUCUGCAUACCUUGUGGUUAGAGCGCUGCCAUCUUGGAAUACAUUUUUCAGAAAGCUUCUCUAAAGUGUUCUUGAAUGUCAGAUUUAUGGUAGUCAGGCGUCUGUCGUUUCCUCUUGGAUUUCAAGCUCCGCAUAAACUAAAUAUGCUAGUUUUUGAUCAUUGCAACUUGGAUGAUAUAUCCACCAUUGUUUCCAAGAAUCUGGAAACACUGAUGGUCUGGGGAUGUAAUAUCCCCAGUCCAAUUAAAUUACCCGAGUUGAAAUAUCUCCAAAAGCUAGAACUGCUGUAUUUUUAUGAAAUACUGAUGAUGCCAAAUGCCUUAUCAAGUCUUUCCAGUCUCGAAGAACUGCAUAUUCCGGGGGGACUUAAAAUAUGGCUUGGUGGUCAAAGGGUAUUAGAGCGCUCUUGUGUUGAGAUUUCUGCAGAACUAAGUAGACUGAAUCGUCUGAAAAUUCUAAAAAUCCGUCUGAGACACCCUGAGUCUUGUCCAGAGGAAAAUGUUAUGAAAAACCUACAAGAAUUUAGUAUAAAUGUGGGUUAUUCAUAUGAACACGAGGGUGGAAGUUAUACAUCAACGAAAUUAGUCAAUUUCUUUGACACGCAGCUACAAGGGGCUGGGAUAGCUGCGGUCCAGAGGGCUGAAGAAGUGAACUUGAGAAACGUCGAGGGUUCACCUAAUGGGCUAAUCAUUAGCAAAAGCGAAGCAUUUGCAGAGUUGAGAAAGUUACACAUAGGAGGAUGUGAUGAUAUGGAACAUCUGACUACCAUACCAGAUGGUAAGAUGAGGCCUAAUUCAAUGAUCAAGUGUUUCACAAACUUAAGUGUUUUGAAAAUUAGCAACUGCUCGAGUUUAAUAUAUCUUUUCUGCCCUUCUGUCGCAAAAUGUCUUGUUCAACUUCAAGAGCUGUGCAUAUAUGCUUGUCACGAAAUGGAGAAUAUAAUAAGAAAUGACGACCAGAUAGACGAGGAAAUCAUAAUGUUUCCCAAAUUAAAGUUGUUGGAGCUGAACUAUAUGAAGAAGCUUACUAGCUUUUAUGGCAAAAAGAGAGAGGCAGCUUCUACUUCAACAAGAAUGGACAUCUUCGAUAUCCCCUGUGUUCAGGACCAAUCUCUCUUUGAUGGAACGGUUGCAUUACCUUCACUGGAAAUCCUGCAACUAGAAGAUUUAGAAAAUGUACGACAAGUUUGGAAAGAGGAAUAUUGUGGGAACAACUGUUUUCGUCAACUGAAGAUCCUUGAGGUGAAAAAUUGUACAGAAUUGGAGGUUGUAAUCCAACCAGAAAUUUUAAGUAGGUUGCAGAACCUUGAAAAAUUACAUGUUGAGAGUUGCCCAAACUUGAGAUAUGUGUUUCUACCUCCUACAGAGAUGUUAUAUGGCUUACAAAACCUUCAAGAGCUACAUAUCAACAAUUGCAACAGCUUGACAUAUGUUCUCCUCACUCCUGCUGCCAGAAACCUUGUGUGUCUUAAGCAGCUGCAUGUAUCCUAUUGCUACAAUAUGAAAGAAAUAAUCAUGGAAAUAUGUGAUGAUGUACUUAAUAUUGAUGAAAAAGUUGUGUUCCUGGAACUGGAAAGUUUAAAACUCACCCAUUUACCACAUUUUACAACAUUUUUGAACCAUGAGCUGGUUGAUAAUUCACUACUAGCUGAGUUGCCUUUUUCUGAAAUUUCUCAUUCUCUGAAGUCGGAUGAAGCUGAUAUAUGCAAAGGCCAUUCCUGUACUGUCUCGAAGGUUACAUUCCCGAAUUUGAUGGUACUGGAAUUUGAAGGCCUAAGAAUCGGUUUAAAUGAUAUGGAGCUUAGCAGUGAUGAUUUCAACUCUGGCAUAAUGAGCCUCAAAAUAGACAGUCAGCACGAAUUACAGCUUCCAUCCAUAUGGCAACUUCAAAAUGUAGAAAUAUUGCAUUUGGCGAACUGUUGGAGGCAUGGCUUGUUCAAGGAAAUCAAUCCUCAGGGAAGCUUCCAAAGAUUAAAGGUCCUUAAAGUUUAUCAUCAUCGACUCCCCGCUCUUUUCUCAUACACCGUCUUUGAAAAUCUCCAACAACUUGAAGAACUUGAACUACAGAACUGUUGUCAUUUGGAAGAGAUCAUAGAGGAUAGCGAAACUUCCAUGAAUAAUGGAAAGACCCUUUCCUUCUUUCGACUGACAUCAAUUGUACUUGGGAAUUUGCCAAGCCUUAAAGAUUUUGGAGCCAAAGCAAUAUUCGCGUGCAAUUUGCCAGCUUUGAAAGUGGUAAAAGUAUGUAACUGUCAACUCUCUACUCUUUUCACUUGCACCGUCUUUAAAAAUCUCCAACAGCUGGAAGAGUUGGAAGUUUCAGAAUGCAGAUUGUUGGAUCAGAUCGUCGCAGAUGAUAAAACUUCUAGCACCGAAGAAAAAACAAUUUCAUUACAUUUGUUAAAAUCACUUCGACUUGUGGAAUUACCAGAGCUCGUGAGUUUCAGUAGCAGCCCAACCUACAAUUUCGACUUCCCAGCGUUACGUUCUUUUAGAUGGGACGAAUGUCAGAAGAUGAAUUACUUCACUAAUUUGCAAGUGCACACACCCUUGCUACAUGUGGCUAGCAGCUGGAAUUGGGGAGUUUCUUUCUCGGAUCUUAAUGAGUACAUAAGAGUCGAAAAUGAUGAAGAAAUGUUUACCAUUGCUUUGAAGAAUAUAUUUGAGCUUGAUACUUGAACUCAAAGUCUCAAACUUAACUUUCAAUCAGAGGCUCAUUUUUUAAGGAGGUGUAUAUUUCACAGGAUACCUUCGAACUUAUUAGGACUUUGGAUAUUACAAAGGGCGGGGAGUUGAAACUUUCUGAUCUAAGACUUCUACUUCACCUCGAAACAUUGAAGCUAUUAAACACAGGUCCUUGGUGCAGAGCUGGAAGACUAAGCGAUUCGUUCAUAUGCUCUGAAAGUCUUAAAAGUCUUUCUUUGUCAAAUACUUAUUUGGAUUGGAAAGAAGCUUGGGCGUUUGAAAUGAUACCUAUUCUUGAAGUUCAAUUCUCAAGCUAAAAUAUUAUGCUUUUGUUGGCAGAGACUGGGAAACAAGUUUGACGGCUUUUCCUCAGCUCAGAUUUCUUAUAUUUGAUGAACUGGAUAUUGAAUUUUGGACAU